AUGCAAAAUCUCAAGGUUAUACGUACGUGCGGUAUACGUAAUGUGAAAAGUUACAGUAUUAUUCUUUCUAGAAAAAUAUUAUUUCGCUUAUCUGUUGUGAAGAAGUGUUAUUUAUCAUUAAUGGCCGACAAGCGGUCACAGGCAGGAUAUCCUCAGAUACCAUUCCCCACAAGCUUACCCCAUCAUCCUUAUCCAAUGGAUAGUGGGCAGCAAUGGCAAGGAGGAGCGCAAUAUCCGUAUGCUGACUUUGAUAACAACCCUUAUCAUAAUGAAGGAAGUAUGAAUAACAAUCCUGUUGAUGCUGCUGGUGGGAGAUAUGUAGAAGAUCAGUUUACUUCAUCCAAUUUUAGUGAUAAAAAUGUUCGUCGUGCAUUUAUUCGUAAGGUGUACAUUACGCUCAGCGUGCAGCUAUUAUUCACCUUGGUAAUUGUUUGCAUCUUUGUACUUGUUUUACCUGUCAGAAAUUGGGUGCGUAGAAAUCCAUGGUUCUACUACUUAGCCUAUGCAAUAUUUUUUGUAACCUACCUGGUACUCGGUUGUAUUGUGAGCGUACGCAGAAAAGUCCCUGGCAAUUACAUAUGUUUAACUGUAUUUACAUUGGCGUUAUCUUAUAUGGCUGGUUCAAUUGGUGCAUUUUAUGGAGCUGAAGCAGCUUUGAUCGCUGUUGCGAUUACAUUUGCUCUAUGCCUUUGUAUAACACUGUUCGCAAUACAAACACGUAUUGAUUUUACAAUGUGCUCCGGUAUGCUGUUUGUAUUUGGAUGCGUUGUUAUGCUCACUGGGCUUGCCUGCAUGAUUGUAUAUUUCACCUUGGGGCCUAAUAAGGUUUUACAGGGAGUCUAUGGCGGCUUAGUUACCCUACUAUUCGGAUUGUAUUUAGCCUACGAUACUCAACAAAUAAUGGGUGGAAGACAAUAUGAACUUGAACCAGAAGAAUAUAUAUUCGGUGCUAUGCAACUUUAUGUGGAUAUUGUCUUUAUGUUUAUGGCUAUAGCAGGCAUAGCGAAUGCAGCCUCAUAA